UUGGUAUCAAAACAAACGCUCAGGAAUAAACCCGAGUCAGUGUGUGAAGGCGCGCGGACGAGGACGAGGACGAGGACGAGCAUCGUAGUCAGGCGUGGGGAAUUAGAGAUUAAUUAUAAUUAGCAUUUUUCUUCUGUUUUAAAUGAUCCGAUUAGGCAUGUCCGGUUAUAAUUUCUACACCGUUUGAUGUACUGGACAUCCGCCGGAGAGCAUAAAUCAAUCAAUCAAUAAAUACAUAAAUAAAAAUCCGGCUCCAUAUUUUUUGUUUUUGUUUUUUUUUUAGGUAGGAGAUAAACAGUUUUAAGCAGGCUAUGAACAAGUUAUGCCUCCGUUUGAUUGCAGUGUUUCAUGGGAAUCCAGGCUCAGUGCUCAGUGCAUGCUUUUUGCGCAGACUGAAAAACACUUCUGAAUGUAAUGCAAGUUCAUCUGGAGCGCGUUAUUGACAAAACGUCGUGUUAAGAAACAAGGCUAGAAAUAUGAAUAAACACUACUGAAAACAAAACAAAAAAAACAAAAACAAAACACAGAUCCAUCAGUGGGACAUCAGUGCUGCUGAAUGAGAGAAAAAACCCUCCACUUCCUGCAACAAAAAAGGUUGUUUUUUCUCCCGUGGUGUUUGUGUGGAGCGUGCCACACACCCACUCCACAACAACGACGGCUUUUGCUUGCAUCUUCCAGUGUUUCUUCUGUCAGCAAGUUCAGCAGAGCUGCAACUCAUCCAGCGCCAGCGCAGACGAGCCCAGCGAGGAGAACCACGACUGUGAGAUGGUGAAGAUGACCAAGUCGAAAACCUUCCAGGCCUACCUGCCCAACUGCCAUCGCACCUACAGCUGCAUCCACUGCCGAGCACACCUGGCCAACCACGAUGAGCUCAUCUCAAAGUCAUUCCAAGGCAGCCAAGGACGAGCCUACCUCUUCAACUCAGUGGUGAACGUGGGCUGCGGUCCAGCAGAGGAGAGGGUUCUCCUGACAGGUUUACACGCCGUGGCAGAUAUCUACUGUGAAAAUUGCAAAACCACUCUGGGCUGGAAAUACGAGCAUGCUUUCGAGAGCAGUCAGAAAUACAAAGAGGGAAAGUUCAUCAUCGAGCUGGCGCACAUGAUCAAGGACAACGGCUGGGAGUGACCCACUCGUCCGUUCCCUUUCUGCUCAGUGACCUUUCGGGCCGCUCUGUAGCGGACUUCAGAGUGACAACACACACACACACACAUACACGCACACACCAACUCCAAACACACACUCUACCAUCCUACCACCACCAUGUUUCACCCCCGACACACUCGGACGCCCUCACCAGUGUUCUGAAACUCAACAGGAGUGACGCGAUGGAGGGAUGGGGAGCAGGAGAAGGCGACGAGAUCUCACUCCUCCAUCCGCACUCGACUCUGCUCCGUGAUGUAGACGCCCCACGACUCGAGGAUUUGCUCCGCCUCUCUAACUGGUUUUCGUGUUGCUGCCGGUCGUGAGCAGUUAACAGUAUCUGGAAGACUUUUACUCUUUCUUCCUUUCAUUUUCACCCUGUUUGCCGAAGCGAAUGACAAGCUCUCUCUCUCUCUCUGUGUGUGUGUGUUUCAUGUAGGAAUCCUUUCUGAUGGACUGAUGUUGCUGGUUAGCAUUACUCCCAGAGACAGAUUUUCACUGAGCAUGCUCUUUUCUGUGUUUUGGGGUGGG